AUGUCAGCGUUAUUCAACUUUAACUCGUUGUUGAUUGUCAUUCUCCUGCUGAUCUGCACCUGUACCUACGUUCACGCUCUGCAACCGCGCCUGUUAGAUCGCAACAAGACCGGUUUUACCGGUGUGUUCUGGAAAGCAGCUCGGAUCGGUGAGCGACUCAGCCCGUACGUCUCGCUCUGUUGCCUUGCGAUGGCAGUUAGUGUGCUCGUAUCCCCAUAG